AUGCGUAGAUCCAGCUGUCAAUUGAAACUGACGGACUGCAAUAGAAAUUUUGAGGCCACAAUGCGCCUCCUCCUGCCGGCCAUUUUGUUGCUGUCCGCCAUCUUGUCGUGUGCCGCGCAGGCGCAGUACCCGCGCCCGCGCCGCCCCGAGCGCUUCGACACCGCCGAGCAGAUAUCCAACUAUUUGAAGGAGCUACAGGAAUACUACUCUGUGCAUGGCAGGGGGAGGUACGGCAAGAGGCAGAUGCAUAUAGCUGAUGCAUCAGUUAUUUUCCGGGAAACACCAUUCAUAGACCACACCAUAAACGAAGAGGCACUCUUCAAAAACCUCGGAUAUAAGUAAAAAGAAAAAAAAAUAAGAAAACACGAACUUUGAACGAAGAAAAAGUAACGGAAAAUAGUCUCAACAAUUUUCCCUCCAAACUACAUAUUAUUUAUAUAAAUAACUACAUACUUACACUUACAUAAAAUAUUUAUUGAAGGCUCAAGUAUUUUAUAAAACUAGCAUCUAACUAAAGAAAUGACAGCUAAAAUGGCGACAAUGUGUCUAUUGUGACUUCUUUACUAUAAUUGAUUCUUUUUGUUUUCCUUAAAUAAACCUUUUUUGACUUGAAACGAAUUUAACACCAAGAAAAGUCCAUCGCAAUUAUAAAAAGGCUAUUCAAUUCUUGACUUUUUCGAGUUAAAUGGAGUUAACAUCAUGUUGAUGGAGUUCACGAAAAUACAUUGAUGAAAUAAUUCUUAUAGUCUAUAUUUAUCUUAUACUUUAUUUUUGAAUCCAAAUCUGGAAAAGAUAAAAUAAAUGAUGGAAAAAGAUAUGUUGAGUUCCAGAUUUAAUAAAAAUAAAUGGUAAAGGAAUUUAUUUGAAAAAAGAACUUGCUUCGCAUAAUAUGGGCAUGUAACUAUCGUAGUUUGACGGUCUCAUCUUCCGUCAUAUUAUUUAGAUAAAAGAAUCUAACAGCCACAUUCAAUUAUUGUUUUAAUAUAAAGAAUAUUUUCAUCAUCUAUUUUUCGAAACAGAAUUUUUAAAAGUUGUCCUUGACACUACGACACAUUGCUGCUUAGUUAUAAUAAAACUUAAUAAUAAAAAAAAACAUCCAAAUAAUAAUAAUAAUAUGAAAAAUAAUGUUACUAAUAUUCUAGUCAAUUCUUUUCCCUUUUAUCGUUUAGUUUUGGUUGUUACCAAUAUUCUAGUCAAUUCUUUUCCCUUUUAUCGUUUAGUUUUUGUUGUUACCAAUAUCCUAGUCAAUUAUUUUCCCUUUUGUCGUCUAGUGUUGGUUGUUACCAAUAUUCUAUUCAAUUCUUUUCCCUUUUAUCGUUUAGUUUUGGUUGUUACCAAAAUUCUAAUCGAUUCUUUUCCCUUUUAUAGUUUAGUGUUGGUUGUUACCAAUAUCCUAGUCAAUUCUUUUCCCCUUUAUCGUUUAUUUUUGGUUGAUACCAAUAUUCUAGUCAAUUCUUUUAUCGUUUAGUAUCCCUUAUAGUUUUUAGGCUGGGUAAAAACUAUGUACAAAGGGAUGACGUCAUGUUAUUUAAGUUUAAAUUAAUAAAGAAUACUGUAGAAAUUAAAUCAUUUCAUUGAUUAAAGCUGAUUUAUUGGAAUGGGUUGUUUAAUUGGUG